AUGGAGAACCAUUUCAGGGAAGGCGGCAUCAAUCCUUACAACAUGUACGAUAAUUGUGUAAAUGCACCUGGAACCCAAGUGUCUACGCGCUUCCGUUUGGACUAUAAACUUCGUACCGGGAAGGAACUGGAUGUAUCGCAGCUUUCUACCGUACCAUGCAUGAACGAGACUGCCGUUACAGUAUACCUUAAUCGACCAGAUGUUCGUAAAGCCAUCGGUAUACCUACUUCCCUAGGACCAUGGGCUAUCUGCAGUGACACCAUCAGUGAUACUUACAACCGACAAUACGGAGAAAUGGCAUCACGGGUAAAAAAUGCGCUGAAUCAGGGGCUUAGAGGAAUGAUCUAUAGCGGUGACAUUGACAUGGCUUGUAAUUUUCUGAUGGGACAGAGAUUCUCGCGCAAAUUGGGACUCAAGGUAGGUCUCACCGGUGGUCGUAAAGCGAGAACUAGUCCCCAUAUGAUGUUUGUUUAUCAUUUUGGUACACUGAACAGCCAUAACUUCAUAUUUAUAUUAAUAUUGACUUCAUAUUAAAA